AUGCCUCAACAACAGAAAGCCGUUUUCGUGAGGGAGAUCAAAAAGCCCGUCGAGCUCGGAGCGAGGGAUGUUCCCACACCCAAAGAUGGCCAGGUCCUGGUCAAAGUCACGGCGACGAUGUUACUCCCCCACGACGCCUACGGCCGCGACAUGGGCCUCUUCAUGGACGACAAACUCCCCUACAUCCCCGGAGCGAACGUCGCUGGGAUCGUCGAACAGGUCCAAGGAUCUUCGGUCUUCGAGAAAGGCAACCACGUCUUCGGCAUGAGUGAUUUCAUGGCGCCUCUUCCGGAUCAACAGGGACUUCAAGAAUACGCUGUCCUGAACGUGGAUGAUAUUGCCAGGGUUCCUGAGGGCUUCAGUGAUGACCAGGCGGUCUCGCUUCCGGUCAAUAUCAUCACUUCCUUCUUGGCGUUGUUCGAUGCGAAGUAUGGCCUUGGGUUUCCGGCGCCGUGGGAUUCUGUUGCAGGACAGAGUGUCAAGGAUCAGACUCUCGUCAUUGUUGGAGGCGGCUCGUCCACCGGCAAGCUGGCGAUUCAGCUAGCCAAGAUUGCUGGUUUCGGGAAGAUCACGACGGUCGCAGGAUCGAAGAACAAAGACGAGCUCGAGAAGAUGGGUGCAACUCAUGUCGUCGACCGCCACGGCACCGUCGAAGAGGUCACCAGUCGCGUACACGCCAUCACCGGUCCAGACGUAACCCUCAUCUUGGACACCGUCAACCAAUCCUUCGAACUGUCCACAACCCUCCUCUCCAAAGACAAAGAAAGCAAGCUAGUCACCUUCUUACCAAACCACCAGCCCGAAGCCCUAGCGGAGCAGCGUCCAAAUUGCAAGAGCGUGUUCGUCGAGGGCGGCAACGAGAACCUAGCGCCGCACAGGGAGGCCUUUUGGAAGCAUGUCCCUGAGUGGUUGAAGGCUGGCAAGAUCCUGCCGACGUCUUACUGGACUUUGGAGGGCUUGGAGAAUGUUGACAAGAUCAAUGCUGUGCUGGAUGGGUAUAUGGCGGGUGCUGGAGGGGCGCAGUUGAUUGUGCAUCCUUGA